CGCACCACGUUUACCAGGGUCCAUGCGACACCCUUUUUACUCCGAUCUUGCUUAUUUUGCGCAUUCAUUUUCCAUUCAACCUUUUUUGAAAGGAGAUUUAUAGCCGGUUCGCCGAUGCACCUGUUUAAGAAGUGCUUCCCACGUAUGAAAUACGAAUUGAGCGACUGUAUCACCGUGGGACGCUGCUUUUCUGCCAAGCGUUACAGUCGAUGCCCCUUUAGGUGAACGCACAGGAGCCGCCAGUAAGCGUCAGAUAAGCCGUCACGUACAUGAGAGGGGCGACCGGUGUCAUGACAGACAGCGCGAUGUACCCGCAAAACGCCUGCUGAUGUUCAGGGUCCACGAUGGAUUCCUGCGUGUCUAAUUUAAGAUUCCCAUAUAACCGUAUCAUAAAUGGAGGAGGAGAGUGACAGCCGUAAAAUCAACAACAGCUUCCUUCGGGACCACAACUAUGCAACCGAAGCUGACAUCAUCUCUACUGUGGAGUUCAACUCUACAGGAGAGCUCUUGGCUACGGGAGACAAAGGAGGAAGAGUGGUGGUUUUCCAAAGGGAACAAGAGAGCAAGAACCAACCUCAAAGACGUGGGGAGUACAAUGUUUACAGCACGUUUCAGAGUCAUGAGCCGGAGUUUGACUACCUGAAGAGUUUGGAGAUUGAGGAGAAAAUCAACAAGAUUCGCUGGCUGCCUCAGCAGAAUGCUGCCUACUUCCUACUCUCAACCAAUGAUAAAACUGUGAAAUUGUGGAAGAUCAGUGAGAGAGAUAAGAGACCGCAGGGAUAUAACCUGAAGGAUGAAGAUGGAAGGAUCCGAGACCCAGCCACUAUCACCACAUUACGGGUGCCAGUACUGCGGCCUAUGGAUCUCAUGGUUGAGGCCACACCUCGGAGAGUGUUUUCCAAUGCACACACGUACCACAUCAACUCUAUCUCUGUCAACAGCGACUACGAGACCUUCAUGUCCACAGACGACCUGAGGAUCAACCUGUGGAACCUAGAGAUCACCAACAGAAGCUUCAACAUUGUAGAUAUAAAGCCAGUAAACAUGGAGGAACUGACGGAGGUGAUAACAGCGGCAGAGUUUCACCCUCACCAGUGCAACACCUUCGUUUACAGUAGCAGUAAAGGCUCCAUACGUCUGUGUGACAUGAGGUCCUCAGCACUCUGUGACAACCAUUCAAAAUAUUUUGAGGAGCCAGAAGAUCCAAGCAAUCGUUCUUUUUUCUCUGAAAUCAUCUCCUCCAUCUCUGACCUGAAGUUCAGCCACAGUGGGCGGUACCUGAUGACACGUGACUACCUGACGGUGAAGGUCUGGGAUCUCAACAUGGAGAGCAAACCUUUGGAGACCUAUCAGGUGCAUGAUUACUUACGAAGUAAGCUCUGCUCGCUGUAUGAGAAUGAUUGCAUCUUCGACAAAUUUGAAUGUGUUUGGAAUGGAUCUGACAGUGUGAUCAUGACUGGUUCUUACAACAACUUCUUCCGAAUGUUUGACCGCAAUACGAAGCGUGACGUGACACUGGAGGCAUCUCGGGAAAACAGCAAGCCUCGGGCAAUUCUGAAACCCCGCAAGGUGUGUGUGGGUGGCAAACGCCGCAAAGACGAGAUCAGUGUGGACAGCCUGGACUUCAGCAAGAAAAUUCUCCACACCGCCUGGCAUCCAUCCGAGAACAUCAUUGCCGUGGCAGCAACCAAUAACCUUUACAUAUUCCAGGAUAAGGUCAACUAGCACAACUUUGCCACCUCCACACACAGAUGAAGAGAAAGAGAUUGUUGUAGCCACCCUGUAAAAAAACGCAGAAUGCAUUUGUGCUGGUUUUGUUCCGAAUGGAAGAAAGGAAGUUAGCUGUGAUGUAGGGAGAAGUAUGGACAAAAGUAGGACUUCUAAUCCUGAAUGAAACGGCCAUGUUGUAUAAGGAUAUUGAGUGAACAAGGAGCGACAUACCCUGCACAAUCUAUCUUCAUUUCAUUUCCUCAAGCUCUUCCUUAAAACUGUUUAUUUAUUGUAUUUAUUCAUUUAUCUGUUGGAGGGAAUUAAGUGACUCUAAAUUAGUCGGGUUUUUUUUUGACAUUAAGUUUAGCAUCUUUAAUAAAGCAUAAUUCAAACUGCGAACUGUGCACAGGAGUUGACUCUUGGUCUAUUUUUUCACGGACUCUUUCAUCAACAUCCUGGCAUCAGAAACAGAGGGGUGCCUUUUUAACAAAUACAAUGGAUGUUCAUUUUCUGAAGUUUCAGACUAGUCUGUAAUAAAUUAUGAAUGUGACUCUAUGCUGACUGUGUAUUGUGAUACCACUGAUCACAACACAAACAAUCUAUUAAAAAAAUCACAGUACCUAGUGACCUGACUGAUCCUCUUGAAAGAAGCGCUGAAGUAAAUGUCAAUCCUAUUGGUCAAAAAGUAAUUUCAUGUUGUCCUUUUUAGUCUUCUUAUUUUGUUUUAACCAUUAACAAGCUGUGGUGCCUUCUUUUCUUAUGUGGGUGGCGGGGGGUUGGAUGAGAGGGUUUCGGAAGGGUGGUAUACAGUAUUGCGUCAUGAAGUGGGAAUGUUUGUACAAGAAAUGUGAAGAAAACCUUUGUGUAAGAAGGGGGAUGAAUUGCAGCGACAUGGGUUUUGAGAACACAGAAUUGCAGUACUUGAAUAAUACAUUCUAGUCUCCAUGUUAUCUCAGUGUGCUCAUGACUUUAUGGUAAAACCUGUUUGUUUGUUUUUAAUUCUUCAAGUGCAGUACCAGGUGAACAGUAUUAAUGCAUGCAAGAUGCCAUCUAAUAUGCCAAUGGAACCUGUAUAAGCAUCAGAUGCCAUCUCUUUUCUUUCAAAACAAACCUGUUUCGUUUCACUGCAUCUGUCUGAGACUGUUAUAUCGUCCUCAUUCAUGAUGUCACUUUGACCUGAGGAUGACUGGAAUGCCGGUAUCAUGAUGUAGCCUAUACAUGAUGUGAAGGUGAAAUGAUAUCAGGGAAUUUUAAUAUGUAAACAUAGUAAUGUUGUCUUCUGAAAACAAUUCCAUUGUAAACUUCUUGAUGACAUUUUUAUAGCUCAGAAUGUAUUGACAUGCAGUGAUUUGCCAUGCAGUCUUUAUGCUUAAUUGAAUUCGUUGAAAUAAAAAUAAACGAAA